AGUAGCAAAUCCACUUAUCCACUGGCAGCAGGUUCUCAACUCCGUCUGCAGCGCAGCAGGAUUCCGCCCAAUCCUCCGAUAGUCGCAGCCGGCCAGCAGUCGUCCACUCCGACCACACUCCACAGAUUUGACUAGUCAAACAGCCAAAAAGGGUGUUUGGUAGUUGGCUGCUGAGUCCGAAAAGCCAAAAUUCAAAAAGCUGCAAGGAGUAGCAUUUCAGUUUGACGGUUGGAAAAUAAAUUUUUUAUUAUUUGUUAUUGGAAGCGAGGUGUCUACGUCGCCCCCGCGACCAUUGCCCUCGACGCACAUCGGAUAUCUCCCAAUCGCCGACUACAGAGGUGUGUCGUCGUCCCACGCCAGGCUUACAUUCCCGUGAACAGGAUUGAAGUCAUCUCAGCAUUAUUUCCAUAAAGAUUUGCCCUGUUAUUAUUGUAAAUUGCUUUCAAUGGCUUCGGGUUCUCACAGAGGUGGCGGUUUUUAUGGAGCUGAACCCUACCGGUCAAGAGAUGGAUUGAGUACAAGACAGGUAGGCAGUUCAGAUGAAAUACAGUUGCGUAUUGAUCCAAUGCAUGGAGACUUGGAUGAUGAAAUCACUGGUCUUCGAAAACAAGUUAAACAGCUUAAAUAUGUUGCUCAGGAAAUUGAAUCAGAAGCUAAAUUCCAGAACGACUUUAUUAGCCAGCUGCAAAUGACAUUGAUCAAAGCUCAAGCUGGGCUGAAAAACAAUAUGAGGCGGCUUAAUAGGAGUAUCAUCCAGGAGGGAUCAUCCCAUGUAAUGCAUGUUGUACUCUUUGCACUGCUCUGCUUCUUUGUCAUCUAUUUGCUGGCCAAGCUCUCGCGGCGAUGAAGGGGAGUCUCGCGCAACUCUUGUACUACUCUACUUGCACAUCGCCUACGUGAAAAUGUAUCAUGCUGUUUUUAAAAAUAUACAUUUAAUCAAAAUGUCUCAACUAGACUUGUGCUAGUGUGUUGCAUAGGAAGAAUAUUUUUUCAUAUUUUAAAAAUAUAUACAUUUGAUCAAAAAGUGUCAUGCAUAACAACAAAUGUCGAGUUAUGAUCUGCACAAAUUUUUUUAUAAAUCAAUUUAAAAUAUUAACGUGACAAUGAAGAUACAGUGGGGGU